AUGAUCGUCGUCGUCGUCAAAAUGUUCCCUGCCUCCACCUCUUUGAGUCCACACUAGUACUUUCGACUACAACCGCACAGCGCUCUCAACUCCAACUCCAACAUGACACUCGUUGACUCUCUCAAAGACGCGGUCAACUCUUUGGCUCGUAAGUCACCAUUCACCGCACACGAGAAUCCACUGCUUCCCCCCCCCAACCCGGAACAUCGGAACGGGCGGUCGAGACGAUGACGCUCCUCUGCUCGUGUGGGGCGAAGUGGCGGAGGGUCAUUUCGAGAUCGAGCCACCAUUUUGGGAGCCCAUGAAACUGAUCAAGAUUGACCUCGUAUACCCUCCUACACCAAAUUUGCCUUUGUUAUACUUCUUUGCAUCGAUACUUCUCCGUACGCUCGCUUGUUCUUACAUCACCACCGCCACACCCGCCGCGAAUCGAUUGUCGUUGUCAACGCUUCGGCGCACCCCCUUUUUCCCGCGUCCGUUCCACCGCCAACAUUACAACCGAUUACAGACCCCGGUCAAUCGACCGAGACCCGGCCCCUCGAGCACCCCGCCCACCACGGUGCUUCGUCAACCCAACACCAUGAGACCGACACGCCGAUCCUACAAAAGUUGUGGUCACCAGAUACGACGUUGCAAGUCAAGGCGAACGGUAACAACGGCGUCGGGAUGGAGGACGGUUUGCGCGCCAAGGCGAUUCAACAGCAGGAGAACGUCGCUGAGCGAUCGAGGUUGAGGAAGGAGGGUUUGUUCGAGGAGCACAUGACUCAUGAGGGGAUGACGAACUUGUCCCAGGAGCAUCGCGAUGUGGCUGAUGGUUCCAAGGUCGAGCUCUGA